CUUCCGCCCCCGCCUCUGUGGUUGCGUUGUUGCCGUGGAGACGGAAGAUGGCGGCGGCAGGUUGUGGCUGUAGGGAGAGGCGACGCUGAGCCCCUCAGCUCUGGACCAUGAGCUCGCUCUGCCGCUGGGGAUGCCGAGGCUGAAGGCUCCAAUCCCUAGGGAAGGAAGAUGCUCCAGACCAGCAACUACAGCCUGGUGCUGUUCCUGCAGUUCCUCCUGCUUUUCUAUGACCUCUUUGUCAACUCCUUCUCAGAGCUGCUCCGCACGGCCCCCGCCGUCCAGCUCGUCCUCUUCAUCAUCCAGGACAUCGCUAUUCUCUUCAAUGUCAUCAUCAUCUUCCUCAUGUUCUUCAACACCUUCGUCUUCCAGGCUGGGCUGGUCAAUCUCCUCUUCCACAAGUUCAAGGGGACCAUCGUGCUGUCAGCGACCUACCUGGCGCUCAGCAUCUCCUUCCACGUCUGGGUUAUGAACCUGCGGUGGCGGGACUCCGGCCGCUUCGUGUGGACCGAAGGCCUGCAGACCCUUUUCGUUUUCCAGCGGCUGGCGGCCGUGCUCUACUGUUACUUCUACAAGAGGACGGCGGUGCACCUGGGCGACCCCCUCUUCUACCAGGACUCGCUCUGGCUGCGCAAGGAGUUUGCACAGUUCCGCGGCUGAUGGCGACCCACCGUCUCUCCCCUCAGCUCCCCGGCAGCCCCCGCCAUCUCUCUGCACCUCACGGGCCCCCUUGGGGACGGCUCCGGCUCCGGCUCAGCCACCUUCCUCCUCUUCCUCCUGGGAACCGGCGCUGGCACAACCCGUGUGGAUGCUGGGAUUCAGCGGGAGGCUU